CGUCGCUCUGUGCUCGUCGCUCUGUGCUCGUCGCUCUGACAGAGCAGAGACUGAGUUUAUCUUCUGAACCGUCAGGAUAGAGUUGAUCCGUCAGUGUGAGACGUCGGCGGCCCCUCGGCGGAGCUGCUCCUCUCAUUAUGCCUCAGUGACGGUGGGGCUGCAGGGCCCCUCGUCACAGCCCCUCGUCAUGUCUAAUGCUGGUGUCCGUGGUUAUCGCACUAUCUCGCAGCACCUGAACGACCUGAAGAAGGAGAACUUCAGCCUGAAGCUCCGGAUCUACUUCCUGGAGGAGAAGAUCCAGCAGAAGUUUGAGGAGAGCAGCAAUGACGUGCACAAGAGGAACAUCGAGCUGAAGGUCGAGGUCGAGAGCCUGAAGAAGGAGCUUGAGGACAAACAGCAGCUUCUGGACGAAGCUCUGCUGACGGCCGACAGCCUCUCCGAUCAGACUGAGGCGGAGCUACAGCGUCGUCUGGCCGAGCGGCAGGAGGAGAUCAGCCACAUGCAAGAAAUCCUGGAAACCAAAGUUCAGCUGCUGCAAGAGGAGGCGGAGCUGGCGCGAAGCGAGGCUGAGCGAAUGGCCUCGCUGGCGGACGCUGAGUCGCAGCGAUGUCUGGCUCUGGAGAGAGAGAGGAUGGAGAGGAUGGAGGAGAGCGGAGGAUCAGUGUUUACCCAGCAGGCCCUGGCUGACAAAGACAGGGUGAUCGAGGAAUUGACACAACAGAAACAUUCGCUGGAGGUCAAAGUUCACCACCGCAGAGGACGUGAGGUAUUUUUCAUUGCAUCUAAUCCUCUUCUGCAUUUCUGCACCAAACAAUCACAUUAACGUCCUGAGG